CUUGAACCAAUUCUUUCUACAUGAACUUGAGCAAGACCCAUAUGUAGAAAAAGACAUUAGCAACUAGGGGUUUUGCUCAAGACACUGGCACCUAAAUCUUGCUCAUACACAUGUUACCUGGGUUAAUUAGUAUUGAAACUUAUCGGAAAAAAAAAUGGUUCCUGAUUAUUUAUUGGUGAUUAUGAUUAAAGCGCGCACACGGCGCACAAUUUGAAUUUCUAGCCCUAUUAAAAUUUGAAAAUAAGUAUCAAGAACAUAACAACUCAAUUUCAAGAUUUGGGAUCAUGAAAACAGCUAGAGGUCACCAUCAUUUCCGUUUUUAGGCCAAACAUGGCUACCGUCAUUCCCAUGUUAUGCUAACUUGUUGACCAAAAUUUGGGAAUCUCUUAGAAUUAAGGUCAGUUUAUAGUAUUACUGUAGUGUAAGCAAACAGAAAACUAUAGAAUUUUAUGAUUAAUGAUAUUACCUGUAUUAAAAUCAUAAAUGUAAAAAAAACAGCAAUUAUAAAAUAACUUUGCAUCAGUAUUCGAAAGGUCUUUGCUUACUAAAAGCAUUACAAUCAUUUCAAAGUUCUUAAAAAAUAACCUGGAUUAAACAUGGCAGUUCAAAUAUUUCAACAGCUAAUAAUGCCAAUAAUAAACGAAUUCAGAGACGUUAAUUUCGAGCGUGCAGUUAAAAUUAUUCUAUUAUUGGUUGUAUGCGAAUUAGGUCUUAGUGUGGAAAAUGUCUUUAUUCGCUGGGCAAUGCUUAAUAUCAUAACCGCUGUUAUAUUAGGACUUGAGCUCGGGUCCAACUGGUUUUUUACUAAAUCGCCAUAUAUUCUAUUGUUACAAUUAAUUUUGUUAAUUAUCUGUAUAACAUUAACAAGUAUUUUGGGUUAUCUAAGUUGUACGUUAGAGAUAAUUAUGACAAUCGAAGAACAGAUUGAUAAUUAAAAUAACUGAUAUGUUUAUGACUCAUUGUCACAUAUGUCUUCCAAAGAAAAAUAAUUUAACCCUUCGUAGGUAGC